AUGGCUGGCGUCGUCGCGCUCCUGCUGGUAACUCUUUCCGCGAUCCACGUGGCAUCAGGAACCUCCGUCCAGAGCACAGGAAGGACGCUCACCGUUGGUGGUGUCUCGUACUUCGCUCCCCCAGUCCCCGUAUCCUCUCUUCACAACUCCGCCGCCCUUACUUUUGCGAAGAAGGUGUCCGGGGAACUCGUACCGUUUUCGGUCAUUCUGACUUCGGCCACCAACUUCAAUGACGCCGCUUUGGAAAAAACCAUCGCCGAAUGGUCAACGACAGACGAUGUGUGGAGCAAAGCUUUCCUCUCUGGAAUCUAUUUGUCGUACAAUGGGACCGCGCUUUUGCCUGUCGAGACUCUGGGUUCAACGCAGGCGAGGUUGGGUAUCGAUUUCGUAAUGCUCUCCAAAAAGUACACACUCGGCUUCGGCUUGACAGUGGAUCUUCCUUCGGGCCCGUAUUUUCUGGACUCUUCCACCGGUAACAUCUUUGAGGCAUAUCGUCUCUACAGCGAUCAGCAGCAAUCAUUCGUCUACGGCACGAUUCCCAACCCCAACGGCGGUUUCGAAGUACUCUCCGCGGGAGUCACCGGUGCCGCGACGCCCACUGUCGCUGUCCCCUCGCGCCUCUAUUUCACGCCGACCGCCGAGAAGCCGCUCGCAGGCAAGCGACUUGCCGUCAAGGACAUCUACGACGUCGCAGGGCUCCACACCGGCUGCGGCAACCGCGCAUUCUUCGACCUCUACCCUGCGAAGAACACGACCGCGCCCGCUGUGCAGCGUCUACUCGACGGCGGCAUGGUCCUCGUCGGCAAGACGAAGACGUCGCAAUUCGCGAACGGCGAGUCCGCGACCGCGGACUGGAUCGACCUCCACGCACCGUACAACCCUCGCGGGGAUGGUUACCAAGACGGCAGCAGCUCGUCGACGGGCUCGGGCACGGCCGUAGCAGCAUACGACUGGCUCGACUUCGCGAUUGGGAGUGACACUGGGGGCUCGAUGCGCGGUCCCGCAGGCGCGAACGGCGUCUUUGGCAACCGCCCGUCGCACGGCGCGGUUAGCCUCGACGACGUGAUGCCGCUGGCGCCCGAGCUGGACACUGGGGGAAUCUUCUCCCGCGAUGCUAGGCUGUGGGCGACGGCUGGACACUGGUGGUACGACAACUUCACCUCGUUCACUUCGUUUCCCAAAAAGAUAAUCAUCCCGACCGACUUCUUCUCCAUCGAUAACCCGCCCGUCCCGGGCACCUCCGACGCGAUCUACAACGACUUCAUCACCCAGCUCGAGGGCUUCCUCGACGUCUCCCGCACGAAAGUCUCCGUCGCCGGGAUCUGGAACGCCACGAAGCCCGCGAACGUCUCCGCCCCCUCGCUCUCCGCGCUCCUCCAGACGACGUACGCGGACCUCAUCACGCUCGACCAGAUCGCGCUCGUCGCGGACCCGUUCAUCGACGCGUACAAAGCCGCGCACGGGGGCCAGAGCCCGUUCAUCAAUCCCGCGCCGCUCGCGCGCUGGGCCUACGGCCGCGCGCUGCCCGCUGGGCGCAAGGACGCGGCGAUCGCCAACAAGGCGGUGUUCAUGAACUGGUGGGCGAGCGAGGUCGUGCGCGCGGACGAGGAGACGUGCUCGGACGCGGUCCUAUUGUACCCGCAAAACGCGGGGCACACCGCGUACCGGAACACGUACCCGGGGACUGCACCUGGGGUGCCCCUAGGCUUUUCGGCUGGGCGCAUCGCGGUGCACGGAGAAGUGCCCGACAUGGUCAUUCCCAUCGGUGAGGUGCCCUAUAACUCGACGAUCACGGGGACGACGGAGUUCCUCCCCGUCACCAUCAGCUUCAUCGCGGCCAAAAACUGCGACCUCAUGCUGUUCAACCUGUUCGCCGCACUCCAAGACGCGGGCAUCAUCAAGCCGGUGGUGACGGGCUCGCGUAUUUGGGGAGCCUGA